UUGUAGAUGGAGAUGUUGGGAAUGAACGUGAAGUUUUGAAGUAUGAAUAAUGCUUUGAAGUGUAUGCAGCAUGCAGGCUGAUUAGUGAUGAUGGCUGUGGGUGUGUUUGGGCUGAUGUUGCCGGCAGUAGAGGUUUUUGUGGUACUUGGAAGGAGUGAAGGGCAUUCAGGAAAAGAUGCAGAAAUAAGCCAGGAAAAUUUUAAAGAUCCCUGAUUGGGAUUAUCAGCUACACCAGCAAUGAAAGAUACUCAACAAGUAUCUCAAAACUUUGCUAUCACUUAUGUUAUCUUGAACACUCUCAUUUAUCUGGCUUACAGAGUUUUUUUGAGCUCCAACAAAAAUUUUCUUGGCUGAUUAACUUCUGAUAAUUAUUGGAUUGUAUUAUCUUUCAUUGCAAGAAGCAUAGAGACAUGCUUGGUUACAAAAGCGAUUUCUUUGGGCCAUAUGUCAUUGUUGGUAGCCAUCCCAACUUGUGUUGCACUUGGAAUGAAAACUCUCUUUCUAUAUUAUUCGUUAUUAAAAUGACUUCUAAAUCUGUACUCUGCAUUAAAAUCUAACGGAGAGAAAAGAGAGUGCAUGAAAUGGCUCCAACCAGGUCAGACUAACCAAAAUAUGGUACCUGUAGAAAGAAGAUGUAACGAUAGUGCUAUUGAAUGCAAGAGCAUCUCCUGGGAGCUAGACUGAAAAAUCUCCUCCAUUGUAUCCUUCCAUUAUGCUUUUGGAGCAAUAGUAUUACUCUGAAUAUUUAUCAGCUCUUUCUUUGACCAAAUUUUCGGAUUUUUAUAUCAAAAUAUUUGGGCUGUAAUCGUUCAAAAUUCAAUAUGGAUUCUUAUGCUAUUCCAGAGUAUCUGGAGUAAAAAGAAAUCUCAGAUAAUCAAGAAAGAAUUUUUAUCCCUCUCCUACUUUCUUUUUAUGCUCAUGAUAAGCUUAGAAUGCAGUUUUAGUGUGAACUAUCAUUUUCUCUUUGGGAAAUCUCAACAAUUAUAUGAGAAUAAGUUGCUAAUUUUAUUGCUUAUCGCUAUCCAUAUCUCGCAGAUCUUUUGUUACUUCAUGUAUCAGAUUUAUUUUUGAGAGCCACAUCUUACAGAAUGUGAAUAUCGAUACAAAAAUGUGAUUCAGAAGAUCCAGUUUACUUCCAAAGGGCCAAUAACUCCAAAAUUUCCGGUUCCUACUUGUGACUACUGCACGAAUAACUUGGCUGAUGCGUGUGUACCUUACAUUACAGAUAAUAUCAAGAACUCUUUGAUUACUUCUAAAUUAUCAAAAGAGAGUUCUUUCUACAUAAUCUCUUCAUGCUCGCAUCAUUUCCAUCAGGAAUGCUUUACUCUUGCAUAUGAGGAUACCAAGAAGUGUCCAAUCUGUAAAUCAAGCCUGAAUCAUUGCUUUCUCGGAUAAUUCAACAAACUUCAUUCUAAAA